AUGGAGGGAGACAGAAGGCUGAAAGAGUGCAAUGUGAGACAGAGGGAGCGGGGGAGACGCGGAUGGAGUGAAUAAGCUGUUUGUUUGUCUCUGCGCUGUCCUCCCUGGCCUUGCCUGGUGCUUGGUGCCUGGCGUCCAGGAUCAUUUCUUUUCAUUACGACCACUGCCAUCCUUGCAUUAGCAUUUUCACUGCCGUGGGGGCAACACUCAAGUGCACGAGUGUGUGUGUGUUCUUGGUUGCUUGCUUGCUACGGGUCUUAUUAUGCAGGGACUCGGGAAAACAGAGAGAGGGGAGCAGGGCCGAGACAUCGACCUGACAUCGCUGAGAUCCACCAUGCCAGCCAGCGGCCCUCUGCAGGGAGGUUCAGCCUCUAAUUUGAACAUGAACCUGUAUGCCACCAAAAAGACAGCAGCUGAGGGCAUGUUGGACAUCGCUCUGUUCCUGGCUAACAUCACACACAUGAAGACUGUAAUCGAACAGGGAGCUGGAUACAGGUAUUACAUUGCUGUCCUGACACUCAUCUCCUUCUCCUUGGCCCUCCAGAUAGUGGCUGGAGUCCUGAUCAUCAUCAUUGCUCGUCUUGAGCUAACCCUCCUACCCUCAUAUCGGCGGUUGUUGAACUUCCUUAACAAUUUGACCACCGGCAUCAUCUUCCUCACCCUCAUCGUCAACAUCAUCAAAGCCGCCUUCGGCACACAACGCAGCUGCUUCCUGCGAUGGCUGCUUCAGCGUUUCAUUCUAUGAUACACAUUUGGGACAUUUGCACGAUAUACGUACGUUCAUCCACAAAAACUAACAUAAAAGCGCAUAUUCAAAGUUGCUUUGUGUAGAAUUUAUGUGUCUAAAUUGAUAAAAACUUGCAUACUUCCACACUAUUCAUGAUACUACCACCAGAUGGCGCCACAGUAGAGAUGUAAUCCUACUAAUCCAGCUUAAUUUUUUAUCCAUUCUGUUGCUGAACAAAAUGCAGUUUAUAACUGUAGUGUGACACACCUUUACACUCAUGAACAUACACACAUUCAGAUUGGGAGUUCGCUCCAGCAUUUAGCCUCAAAGCAAAAUGUAGAAGGAAACUUUCAGUGUUACGUCUGUGUGGUAAACAUGAAUAUACUGCCAGCAGCCAGUUUGCUUAGCUUUGCUUUGCUUAGUUUAGCUUAGCGCAAAGACUAGCAAAAGGGGAAAGCAGAGAGCCUGACUAUGCCCAAAUGUAACAAAAUGUGCCUACCUGCACUUCUAAAGCUCACUUUUUUAGUUACCAGCUGCUAGCUCCAACUUCAUUUUUACAGUAUGAGAGAGGUUAUCAUUCUUCUCAUCUAACU